CGUUUUGCCCAGUGGCUCGCUCUAUUUAAUAUAUUCCACUGUUUUUUAUUUGUUUGCGAUUUUUCGUUGUCGAACAUAAUACAUACAAUAAACAAAUAUGGGUGUUUUACCAGACAAAUAAUGGUUAGUUUAUCCAGAAGUUUCAAUACAAAUUCUGCGGGCGCGACGUUUUUCAGCGAAUCCGUUAAUAUGGAGGAACGUGAACAUUUACAGCCUAUCUUGGAUUCGUAUGGAGUUUUCAAGCCAAUAAAAACUAUUCCUAUUUUUAGUUUUCAUUUAAUGUUCACAUUCGUUUUGAACAUUAUAGCUAUAGUAUACUCUGUGUUACAUCCAGAUGAAAAAAGUAAAUGCAGAGAGUACUUUAUUAUCAUCUACAUUCAUAUUGCCUUAUGGUUUCUAACAAUUUUUCUGCAUUUUGUUGCAAAGCACUACCACCACCAAUUGAGAAUGAACGGUUAUCUAGAAUUUUAUAAGAAAACGGAAUGUUCCAUUAGCUUGCCAUUAUUGGUAGUUAGCCUAUGGAGCAUAAGCCUAAUGUUUGUACAGACAUUAAUGCAACACUACUACCCCGAUGACUUUGCUGAAAAGUGUUUGAAAAAUGAUGGCAUGUCGCCAAUCCAUUACCUCUGCGGACUGAUCACAGUGGAGUUCUUUGCCAUCGCUAGAAUUAAUAUUAAUUAUAUGGUGGAUGUAGCGCGCUUUAAUAAAGAAAAACCUCCACCAGACGUUCAGAGAAAUGACUGGGCAGCGGUCUCUUCUCCGGACACCCUCCAUCAAAACGAAGUGGGAUACAGAGAAUUGGGAGAUAAAGUGCAAGACUUAUUAGAGAAACAGGCCGAUUUGAUUAGAUAUCUGAAAGAACAUAACAAUAGGUUAUCUGAGAAAGUAAUGGUUCUAAGUGCUCAAUUGCAACAGGCUCGCGGUGCUAGGGCUUCAACUUAACUUGUAUAUUUAACUUGUAUAUUUAAGUUACCCAGCUAGAUGUGAUAGUUCUAGCAUUGAUAGUGAUGUGGUUCUUUGGUCACCAGAGUGAAUGUGGGUAAUAUUUCUAGUGCUGUGGUUUUUUAUGACAUUAAUAAAUUUUAUU